CAUACUCUCCCCCAAAAGCAGACAAAAGGCGGGAAAAAAAAGUUCGUUGCAAGGCUAGCUAGGAAAGCAAUAUGCCUGUUUAUCACCGCCGCGAAUACUCAAGGUUUCCUCAUCGCGAAACUCUCAUCCGGCAACGGGUGGGAGUAGGACUUUUCUCCGCUCGGCGACCAAGAAACGGACGGGCCACUCGUGCCAAAACGUUUUGAACUGUAUGUACCGCCUCCCAGUCACCGUGGACUCGGUCCAGCCGUCGUCGAAUUUCUCCGCACUCCAGCUCGCCAACAUUGCGGUUCCCCCUCGUACGAGAUGAAAGAGGCAAUGAAUGAUGAACAACACCAACGGAACGGCCGCUGACUUCAUCGAUCCAGCAUGGGCAGCUGAGAGCAACACGGCGAGGAUCCUCGCCGUCGUGACGGUGUUCCACGUGCUCGCGCUCAUCAGCGUGGGCUUGCGGGUGUACGCGAGGGUCUGGGUGAUCCGGGCCGCGGGGUGGGAUGAUUUGAUGAUCAUCUUGUCGGCGGUUUGUGCCAUCGGAGGCUGGUCUAUCUUCAUCGUUCAGGCGGACCAUGGGCUCGGCAAACAUUUCAAGACCAUCGACAAGAAGACUGACUACGUGACCUUCCAGCAUGCCUCAUUCUGGCAAACAAUCAUCUCGGCCACGGGAGCUCUCAUGUGGCUGAAACUGUCCAUCGCGCUCAGCCUGCUGCGCCUGAGCACGACCAAGUGGUUCAAAUGGUCUCUUUAUGCGAUUAUCGGAAUCAUAUUGUUUUACAGCCUAGGGGGCAUGCUGGCUUUGUCUGUCACCUGCAAACCACUGUCGGGGUAUUGGGACAAGUUUACGAAUCCGCCUCCCAAGUGCCACGGCCCCGGAUAUGUAAACACUUUCGGCAUGGUCAACACAGCGUUCAACAUCUUCACUGACGUGGUACUAUCGACUCUCCAUGUACCCAUCAUCUGGAACUUGCAGAUGAAGCUCAAACUCAAGCUUUACGCAAUUGGCAUACUGAGCUUGGGAUACUUCGCUGUCGCCAUGGGCAUCGUGAAGGCUUACUACCAAGCCACGGCGGAUUCCGAUCCGGACAAAACGUUCAACCGAAAUAUUCAGUUCUGGGGAUUCCUGCAGUUACAAGUAGGCAUCCUCGCGGCGUGCGCCCCUACUCUGAAACCAUUGGUCAACAGCCUCCUUGACCUGUCCACGCACAACAGCCCCGUCCGGGGACCGUUCAGCAAACACUCCAAGCAGAGCAGCAGCGGCAUGAGAACGGUCGCCUCGAUCCGCAGCCGUAACCGGGAGCAAGCGAGAAGGAACCAGUACGAGCUCGGAGAAUGGGCCGAGGGGACGGCCAUCGGCUACGGCGAACGGGAAUCUAGCAGAACCAUGAGAGACACUACGGCCACCGCGAUAUUCACCGACGAGGGUCCUAGCAGGGAAGAUGUACGAGCUCCGGGACGUUUGGCGGAUUACAACUCCUUCAAGGGGAUCAUCAAAACGACCGAGUUCAGCGUGACGCAAGAAGGCCGCGCGGACCGCAGUCGAUAAUGCACGAAAUGGAGUUUAAGCGCGGCGUUGGGAGUCACUGGAGCAUGUUUCUUUACCCUGCCUGGGAUUGCUUUUCCAUUGCGUUAGAUAUAGGCUGCGGCUUGAUACUGACGGCAUCAACUCAACUCGCUUGGGACCUGUGGGCAACGGAGCCCAUAUACAUGAGAGGACAUGGGAAAUACUCGAACAAUUUGGAUUUAACUGAAGGAUUACAUUGGCUUCCCCUCUGAUGGAUUUCGUCCCAUAGAAGCUACCGAUGUAUUGUUGAAUCCACCAGUGAUACGCCGGUGGUACUCCUCAUUGCUGAAUUUGACGAACGCCAUCUACGUGGCCAAUGAUGGUAUUCAUGGAGUUGGCUGACGUAUUGGGGUUUCCCCAACAUUUACUCGGUAGGUGAACUUCCUAGACUAUGUAAACCUCUCAGCGCUGUUGCAC